AAACAAGAUGGCUUCCACAAGAUCCCCUGUCGAAGAAACUGAGGCUAAAAAAUUUCGCGACAGUGUAUCACGACUAAAAAAAUAUAUAUUCAAAGACGAUGAAAACUCUAAAAUAACACUUAGCCUUCUUUUAGAUGAGCUGGUUGCUGCAGAAUCUUCCAACUGUUAUUUUGAAUAUGAAAGUGAAGGCAGUGAGUUACUUGCCCAUUUGGCCAUCAUUAUACCUUUGCAGUAUGAAAGAAUUGUAGCUAAAUUCUGUCAAGUCAUCUCAAAUUUUUGUACUGAAAAAAAUGUUUUAAUUCCUAAAAGUGACUUGGAACCCGUUGUUCUAUUUUUAACAAAAGCAUUGCAACAGUGUCAAAGCUUUGUCCACACAGAAAUAUUAAAUGCACUUUGUGUGGUGUGUGAAAACAACACGCAUAACAUCGAGAAAUUUCACGAUAUUUUAGUGGGGGGCAAAGGUCUGUUAUUAAAAUUGACUGAUGACACAACUUGUGAAGAAGAGGUUGUCGUUGAUGCUGUGAAGUGUUUAGCAAACUUAGUAACCAUUCGACCUAAUUACGCUGAGCGAAUUGAAGUAAGAUAUCUCUCUGCCAGUUUUGACACAUUAAUUCAUUUGCUACAUAGAGCCCCUAACAUGAAAAUGGGGUUUCAUAUGCGAAAUAAGUUACUGAUGCAUUGUUUUAAUGGAAUACAAAACAUUAUAAUAUUGAAACGCUUACCUAAUAUUGAGUUAGGAAUGCUUUUGGCUGCUGUCAGGGCUUAUAUGUUCUAUGGCUUGAUCAGCAGCCAGACUGUGAACAUACCUACCCAACUUUACCCAAAUGUGGUUACUCCUUAUGAUCCCUUAGCCUCAAAUAAAACUCCAAAACAAACGGUUAACAAAAAGACUAGAUUAGAUUCAAAUGAGGAGACUACAAGAGGCAGAGCUAGAGAUGGAGGAGCAGCCACAUCUGAUAAAACAAAGAAACCCAGAAAAAAGAAGGGAAAAUCCAAGGAAGAAAAUGACAGUGGUGUGGAAAACAAAAAAAAGAGUGCAGAAAAGCUUGAUUCUUUGUCAUACAACAAAGCAUGGAGCAGUGUCACACCAGAAUCAGAGGCCAUCAGCUGGGAGAUGACCUGGCUAAAACUAAGCAGCUCAGAAUCUGAAUUUUCUGACACAGAAGGAGGUAGAGCUAGACAAAACAAAUCUGAAGCUGUCCGAGUCAGACAGUCUGCACUCAGCUGUUUCUUAAAUAUUGUCAGGGUAAUUGACAAAAAAGUCAUGUUUGGUUAUUGGUCCUCCUUCAUCCCUGAUACCAGCCUUAGCAUAAACUCUCCACAAAUGCAGUCUUUAUUUACUACUAUUUUGAAAGAUCCUGCACCAAAGUGUCGCAUGGCAGCUGUAGCAAGUCUGACGGCAAUGUUAGAGUCAACUCGUCCAUAUCUAGCAGCUGCUGAGGAAAUCUCCACGCACCAGUCCGCAUUUACUCCAUUCUCAGCUAUUCUUGGUUCCAUGAUUCGAGAGAUGCAUAGAUGUCUGUUACAAGCUCUCGUUGCUGAAAAUUUUAAGGCUGUGCUCACUCAGAUAAUCAAGUGUUUAGCAAAUUUAGUGAACAAUGUUCCAUACCAUCGGCUCAAUCCUGGUCUUCUGACUCGUGUGUUGAAACAGAUCAGACAUUUUUUCAAUCACAAAGAUCCAAAUGUCCGCACAGCCUGUCUGACAUGCAUUGGAGCUAUUGUAGGCAUCAAACCACCACUCAUGGAGGUUUCCCAAUUAAUUAAACCACAUCAUCCUCCAGUUGGAGUUAAUCGCUCUGCUAAUCCUAGUGACUCCCCCUUAUUUCGACCAGAGGAUGCCUCUUAUCUUCUCUAUCCAAGUUUUGCUCCCCCCCAGAUAUCUGAAAUACCAGAAAAUACAGAGCCUAUUUGUAACAUGGGUAAAACAAGUCCUAAAUUUACAGAAAAUGAUAAUGUGAGGACGUCUGACACUGUUUCAAUUGAAUGUGAAGACGCAUGUCUUACAGUGAAAGAAGAUGACUCAAAAUCAAAUGUAGAAGGAAGCAAGUAUGUCUUUGAAUCUGUUAAACCAGUUGAAGUGGUACAUGCAAUAGAGGCACCAGUGGAAAGUCAUUCAAAAGUUUUGAGCACAGAGUUAUCAACCCCUGUUUUAGGUGCCAGCUGUGGGACAGAGACACCAGUCUACACUGAUCAGAUGUUGCAAGCUCACGCUCGGGACACUUCAUGGGUCAUCAAAUUUUGUGUCAAAAAUAUCACAGGGCAACCAGACCUUAUUAAAGAAGAAAAUCAAUCAAAGCUGGAAGCACUGCAGAAAUUUGAACCAUUGCCUAUACGACUGGAGGCUCUUCAAGUUAUGAGCAAUCUCAUUAAAAACUACUUUCCUAUCAUACGACAAAGCUGUCGACUGCUUCAAAAUCUGGUUGAAGUGUGCCUUGGAGAUUCCAAUCAUAUUAUAGUGCUCCAUGGAACUAAAGUGUUGGAUGAACUAACCCAAGCUCUACAGAGAGACAUACAAGACCACCAGGCAGCCCCACAGAAUGCUAUAUCAUUUCAACAAGUUCUAGACUUUUGGCUGUUUCUACUGGAAGGACCAUUACCCCACUUGCUAGAAUUUAAUCCAGGCAUGAGUGAAGAAGGCAACAACCUGGUUAGGUCUGGAGCUUGUGAAUGUAUGGCCAAUGUUGGAGAAGAAGUCUUUGCUAAGUUACCUAGACAUCGUCAGAUACAGUGCGUUACUUUAGUUCUUGGAUUGGCUGCAGAUGAUGAUAAGUUGAUCAAAGCAUCAGCAGUUCGAGCCCUUGGCAUAUAUGUUAUGUAUUCUUGCCUCAAAGACGAUGUUGCAUUUCUAAUGGAUGCAGGCACAGCAAUUCUUUCAUGUAUGAAAUCAACCAGCAACAGUGUUAGAUUUAAAGCUGCUUGGGCAAUGGCUAAUUUAUGUGAUACUUUAGUUAGCAACAAAGAGAAUGGCUUAGAAGAGAUCCUUGCAGAAUUUAAAGAAUCAAUGGUGCUUGAAUUAGUUGAAUGUGCUGCAUCUGCCACCAAAGACAGUGAUAAAAUCAGCUGCAAUGCUGCUAGAGCUAUUGGCAACCUGUUGCGGUUCCUUCCAUCCCACCUAUUUCAGAAACCUGAAAUGGAAGCUGCUCUCCUUUGUGCUGUCAGAGGACUUGUGAAAAAUAUGAGCAGUGGAACAAUGAAGGUUCGCUGGAAUAGCUGCUAUGCUGCAAGUAAUGCUUUCCAAAAUGCACAGCUCCCCAUAGAGAAACCUUGGGUUUCUGACAUCCUCAAUACACUUAGUAAAGUGGUUCAGAAUAGCUUGAACUUCAAGGUGCGCAUCAAUGCUGCUCUUGGUUUAUCUGCACCACAAAAUAGGCAAGCCUAUGGAUCCAGGGAAACAUUUUGUAACGCAUGGAUAAGUUUAGUUAAUGCUUUAGAGAGUGCUGAAAACAUCAAUGACUUUGCUGAAUACAAAUACAAAAACAGUUUAACUGAACAUUUAUGUGGUGCUGUUUUGAGAUUGACCUCAGUUAUUCUUCUAUCAGAUCUCAGUUCACUGGCCCAAAGUGUGCAGCUGAAGGGUCACUCUUUUCGAACAUACAUGGAGAAAUAUCUCCUGUUGAACAUAAAAAAAGCAGCUCACAGCAACAUUCCAAGUGUUGAGACUGUGAAAGCUCAUCUUGAAAGGCUUCACUUCGAAGCAACCUCAGAUGAACAAAGGAGAUGUUUGCAAGGUCUCCUUCAGGCAUGUGUACCAGACUCAGAUUCACUUGAAGAUAAAAGAGCUCAAAAGUCUUCAUUUCAGCAAAUUUAUGACUAAAAAUCACAAAAAUAUUUGCAUUUUCAAAGAAACCAAAUUUUUUCUAAGAAGUCAACAAAUUAGCUACUUUUAAACUAUUUGAUAUAGAUCUAUAAUUUAUUAUGAUUAGGAAAAUAUAACAACCCUUUAAAAUUGCUGAUUAGUUCUGUUUAUAUUUAUGUAAAAUGUAUUUUAUAAUUCUGUGUAGUUGACCUAUAAACUGUGGGAAUAAAGUUUUAAGUAUUUGUUAUACAGUAAAUAUUUUACAUUAGAUUUUUUAAAAACCUUUUUACUUUCUCGUAUACGAAGUAUAGAGGAAGUAUUGUAAUUGUGCAAAAAAAAAUCGUUUUAUGCUUCCCUGA